AUGGGGCUAGUCACAGGCAUCGUUUCGUUUCUAUACCAUUUCCCACAAAUUUAUAAAUGGCUGCUCAAGCCGUAUUAUAUUAUAUCGUUUCUUCUGACGGUUACGUUUCUUGCCGUGCGAAAAGCGCCUGGACUUUGUGAACACUUGCCUUCGCAACGAGAAGACGGCAACUCUUGCGAGCUUGACUGGAGAGAAUGGGAGAUAAUGAUGUUCCUUUGUGCCAUUGUGAUGAUGAAAAACAGGAGAGCCAUUACUCUGGAGCAGCACAUUGGAAACAUUUUCCUUUUCAGCAAAGUGGCAAAUGUCAUCUUGCUGUUCAGACUCGACAUCAGACUUGGGAUUCUCUACGUUGUAAUCUGUCUUGCUUUUGUGAUGACCUGUAAGCCGCCUCUCUACAUGGGACCAGAAUAUAUCAAAUACUUCAAUGAGCAGACUAUAGAUGAGGAGCUGAACCGAGACGGUCGUGUCACAUGGAUUGUUGAAUUCUAUGCAAACUGGUCGGCCGACUGCCAAUCCUUUGCUCCUGUUUUUGCAGAACUUUCUCUCAAAUAUAACUGUGCAGGACUUCGAUUUGGUAAAGUUGACAUUGGUCGCUAUGGAGAAGUUUCUGAAAAGAACAAGAUUAGCACGUCACCGUUGGCAAAGCAGCUCCCAACAUUGGUCCUAUUCCAAGGAGGAUGUGAGAUCAUGAGACGCCCAAUGGUUGACAACAAAGGAAGAGCCGUAUCUUGGACUUUUACUGAGGAAAACAUAAUCAGAGAAUUUAACCUAAACGAGAUCUUUCAAAAAUCCAAGAAGUUAAACAAAGGUCGUGGCUUGAAAGAAGAUGGACCAAACGGUUUGGAGCCAGAGGAGGACAGCAAUGAGCUUGAAAUGGGAAACGAGACUGAAGGUUCAGAGAGUAAGAAGGAUAAGUGA